AGAAUAGAAUGGAGGCUCACGUGAAAAGCAUGAGAGCAGCCGCACCCUAUAUUUUUCGCCCUUUUAUUAAUUUAUUAUAAUCCUUCUCUUGAAUUUUUUUAAUUAAUAAAAAGUAUUGAAGUGGUUUACGAAUAGAGAGCUUAUCCAUUACACCAUUAUAAAUAAUUGUAAGAGAUUAACAAGGCAAGAAGAAGACCAAAGAGUACAUCAAAUUUCAAAAUCCAUUUUCUCUGUCUCCCUGUAGUUAACCCUUUUAUCAAUGGCUGCAAGGAAGAUUUUCCCUGCAAGAUUACCCAAAUACAUCUACCCAACGACAGAUUCCCACAAUCCAAUCGGCACUCCCGCCGAUUCUCAGUUGGAGUUCGACGAAGCCGAUCUCUGGAAUUUCAACGAGUUUUCUGCUUCACUCGAUGCAUCUGCCAAGUUCAAACCGCUACCCAAUUCGCGUUCAUCGAAGAAGAGUUCGUCGUCGUCGUCGAAGAAGACGGAAGUUGCAUCAAUGGUGUCUGCUUCAUUGCCUCUCAAGAUACCCGACUGGUCAAAGAUUCUGAAGGAUGAAUACAGGGGAGGUGGAAAGAGAGAGAGCGACGAAGAUGAUGAUGAUGAAAAUGACGACUGCAUCAGCGGUGAUGGUCUGGCAAGUAGAAUCCCUCCCCAUGAGUAUUUAGCGAGGAGGAGAGGAGCUUCGUUUUCUGUUCAUGAAGGGAUUGGCCGUACACUCAAGGGUAGGGAUUUGCGUCGGGUCAGAAAUGCAAUUUGGAAGAAAACUGGGUUUGAAGAUUAGCAGAGACUGGGUCAGAGCCUGAGAAAGAGAGAGAAAGUAAUAUAUAUACACACACACAUAUAUAUACACAAACACAUUAGAUUCAGAGUUUUAAAGGGGAAUUUUGAGGGGCCAGAUUUUAAGCCAGCCACACCAUCUUCCUCUCUCUCUCUUGAUUUCUCUGUUGAUCAUCUCUGGUUUUGUAUCGUGUUUGUUGUAAUCUUCUCUAGAAGGUAAAUUACUGAAAUCUUACAGGGAAAUCAUCUGGUUUUGGAUGUUUUGAGAUCAAACCAGAUGAUCCCAUUUUGUUAUUAUUAUAAUUAACUUAUGAAAUUCCAAUUUUUUGUUAGAUGGGUA